AGUGCGACGCAGUCUGUGAUCGGUGGUACUACGGUUUUACUACGUUUGUUGGUGCUGGAAAAAUGAUCCAAUUAGUGUUUAUUUUGCUUAAUUUGACGGUCGGUAUGGUUGUGAACCGGGAAGUUGCUCAAACGGGGCAUGGUAUUUCCAACUCUAGUGAACAGCACAUUUCAACUUUGCCGUCCAUAAAAGGGGAGGAAGACGCGCAAACGACUUAUGGCGAUUUUGAUUCUGAAGAACAAGAUAUUUCCACAUCAAUUCAUACGGGCUCCGACCUUUUUGAUUCUAGUGAAGAGGACACUUCGACAUUGCCAUCGACUACUGGAAUGGAAGCUACAACGCACAAUCACCCGGACGAAGAGGUUCCGCUGAACUGCGGACGAAUUCCGGUAUGCGGGAAUGUUUGUUGUAAGCCGGGAAAUUUCGGUCACUAAGCCCUGUUUAGGAAUGCGUUUUUCACAAUAAAUUAACACAGUUAGAAGGUUAGGGUACACGAAUACUUAGCGGGACGUUAUGGUUUCCCGUAUAGGAUAACACGUACCUUCACUUUAAGUUGAUUAGUUUUGAUUCUUGUUUCUUAUGUCACUAAUAAACACGUUCUAA